AUGCAACGAGCACACUCAGCGUUUGAGAUCUCGAAUCUACUUCACCACCAACCACAACAACAACCUCUUGGUGUUUAUCCAAGCAGCAACCUCCAUCGAGGUGACAGAGACAUGGCUUCCGCUGCCGUUAGCGUCAUCAAGCCCAACGGGCCUCUCCCUACCACCCAGGCUGCCGAUAGCACCAACACCACCGAGCUGCCUCGCCCAUACAAGUGCCCUCUCUGCGACAAGGCUUUCCACCGCCUCGAGCACCAGACAAGACACAUUCGCACUCACACUGGCGAGAAGCCUCACGCCUGCCAGUUCCCCGGCUGCUCCAAAAAGUUUUCUCGCUCCGAUGAGCUGACGAGGCACUCGCGAAUCCACAACAACCCCAACUCUCGCCGUGGUAACAAGGGCCAGCAGCAGCAGCUUCACCAGCAGCACCCCGUCCACCACGGUCUGCCUCACCACAUGCACUCUGAGGGCCUCAUGGCUCCUCCUCCCGCCCCCAAGACGAUUCGUUCCGCUCCCACCUCGACCCUGGGCUCGCCCAACGUCUCGCCGCCUCACUCGUUUGCCUCGUUUGCCUCCCCCCACUCUGGUGCUCACGUCUACAGCCGCAAUGGCGACAUUUCCAUGCUCGCCAAAGCCGCCCACCAGGUCGAGCGUGAGAAUCUUGGCCACGGCCACUCGGCUCGUCACCACCCUUACUACAAUAACGGCGCCUCUCACCACCCUCGCGGUAACCCUGCCGGCCUAGGCUCCUACCACAUGUCGAGAUCCCAUUCGGGCGAGGACCACGGCGAUGACCACUACCACAGCUCCCUCCGCCACAUCAAGCGCUCUCGCCCCAACUCGCCCAAUUCUACCGCGCCGUCUUCUCCCACCUUUUCUCAUGAUUCUCUCUCGCCCACUCCUGACCAUACGCCCAUUGCUACGCCGGCUCACUCGCCGCGCCUCCGCCCCUUUUCGGGCUACGAGCUGCCCAGCCUACGCAACCUGUCUCUGCAGCACACGACGCCUGCUCUGGCCCCCAUGGAGCCCCACCUGGAGACACCUGCCUUUCCUCCGAUUCUGCAGCAGAGCGGUGCUCAGCGCACCGGCAUGUCUCUGACGGAUAUUCUCAGCCGUCCCGACGGCAACCAGCGAAAGCUCCCCGUGCCCCAGCCUCCCAAGGUGGCGGUUCAGGAUCUCCUCUCUGACCAGGGCUACCAUGGCAACAGCGGACGCAGCUCUGCUACUGGCAGUCUCGCCGGCGGCGACUUGAUGGAUCGCGCCUAG